AGCGCUUGGGGAGACAGGAAUAUAUUCAUGCUCGCUGAUGCGGACGUAACAUACUUAAUUGAAAAACCAACGGCUUUGUAAUUUGUAGUUUUGGCGAAACGUAUAUUUUCCGUCGUUCAUUGACACCAAAUAACACGUUAUUCACAAAGGAUGUCUUCGGUUCUGUGUACAGAAGAAAUAUGUCACAUAACACAAAAAUCUGGAUGAAUUUUUUUUUUCCAUGCGAUGUAACACUCAUUAUUUAGUGAAACGAUGAAGGUUAUUCAUCGAGCGCGUGGUUUUGUAAUAGGGCUAUAAGUCGUCCGUUUUUAACCGUCGUUUUCUGCAAGUACGCACUUACGAGGGAGUGCGUGCCAAGGAGAUAACUUAAAGGAUUCUGGUGGCAUCGGCGUCCAAAUUAAACCAUACGAUUCUGUCGCUUCCUUUCGUUUGAUCAAGCAGCUGCAGAAACAUUGAACUCUCCGAGUUUAUAUGCAACUGCGCCGCCUCGAUCAACUUAGAAUAAAAACCGACGACAAGGAUUAGCAUAGAAACGGAGUGCACUAAUUUACGCAACGAAUGGGUUUCUUAACAAACGUGGAAGUUUUCGCUUUCGCGAUGUCUUUAUUCCUGAUGACUCUUGCAGCCUUGGUUAUGAAUUUCCUGGUUUGUUUGGUGGUUUAUAGGAGCAAGGAACUCAGGCGACACAUCUCCAGUGUGUUUAUCGUGAAUCUCGCAAUCUGCGAUUUUUUUAUGGCUGUUUUCGCCAUGCCGUAUUCUUUUGGAGCAAUUGUGGCCGACAAAUGGCCAUUUGGUAACUUUUGGUGUCAAACCAGUGCGUUUUGGAAUAUGGUGUUAGGGCUCGCAGCCGUAUUAACGCUCGCUACCAUAUCCGCGGACCGCUAUAUUGCAGUUUGCAAGCCUCUGCAGUACAGAGCCAAAAUGACAGUUCAAUGUGCGUUAGCGAUGAUAUCUUUCGUAUGGUUGCAAUCCAUAAUAUUCUCUCUCAUACCAAUAGGGUUUGGUUGGUACGAAUUCAAUACGCGAUAUUUCUUCUGUACAUUUCCGUCUGAUCUUCAGGACAUAAACUUCCUGGUGUUCACAGCGGCUACUUAUGCAGCCAAUGCUGGCGUUUCGCUCUUUGUUAUGUUGGUGACUUACUAUAAAAUUUUCAACGUGGCAAAGCUGCACUCUCGCAGAAUCGGACAUGCUGUUAUUACCGCAAUACAUCUCGCACCUGUUCGUGGACCCUUAUCCACUGAAUCAAGUCGUCAGCGAGAAUUCAAGGCAGCGAGGAAAAUUCUCUUCGUGAUUGGUGCGUUUUUGUGUUGUUUGGCACCGUAUACAACGCUCCGCAUCCUUGAGCUGAGAGAAAACGGCUUGUCGCUAAGCCAUACUGUAACAAUCUCUUUAAGGUGGAUUGCCUUUCUAAAGAGUGCUAUAGAUCCUUUUAUAUAUGGUCUUCUUCAGAGGCGAUUUCGGCGAGCAUUGUUGGAAUUAUUUCUUGGGACACAAAGGGCUCGUUUAGCGAGAGGUUCUUUACCUUGUGGUCAUGUUAGAAUGAAUGUGAGGGCUAAGAGGCAGUCAUCGCAAAGCGAAACGGGGACAUUUGUAACCGUUGCAACGAAACGAAGUUCCAUCGAGUGAAAAGAUGUAAAUGUUAUCAAGAUGGUAUACAUUACUGCGAUCCCUUAUUUUUGACAUGAGUGCAAAUUUGUUGGCUCAAUUGUGGUUCGCUUUACUAUAAGAGGAAAAACUGCUCGAAAAUAGCGAGCACAGGUAAUAAAAAAGCGCAUUUUACUUGUUAAUUUUGUGCAUGAAAACGAUAUCUAAUUUUUACAGGGGAGCCAAAUAGUCAUCUUUUCAUAAUCACACAUUGCUAGCAGUUUGUUUAUCUCCAUUAAAAUUUACAUCUCUGGGAAUGAAAGCAUAUGUUUUAUCGUUGCGUUGUGAAAAUUUUUUGCCAUUCAUCCAAAAACUGAAAAUUUUUUUUCGCUAAUGUCGCAAAGCCAUAGCUUCGUUGCCCUUUUUUAUUUUUUUUGUCAAAUUAGGGAGACAUAUGAACAAGCCAUUGGAAAGCAAGUGACCCUUUUAAAUCUUCUCCGGAAAGGAAAAUUUUAAGUAAACAAUCUAUGACAAACAAAAACCAUUCCUGCUGAAAGUUUUAAUUACUAUGCUCUUAUUUCGCGAUUACUGAAAAGCUCUCUGCAAGAGUGAGAACCGGCGUAAUCAAAACAAACUCGAAAAUGGGAAUAAUUCUUUUUAGGACGUGAACGUAACACAAUUCUGAGUCAGAGACCUGGCUGGUAAUUAUUUUACUUAACAGAGAAACCAUCCCCGUGAAUAAAUUGGAAGGGUUUUGAUUAAAAGGUUUGAUAUUAUUCGUGCUAAGUGUUACAUCUUUGUUCAAAAAUGUUUUUAGAGGUAUUCUUUUGGAAAGAAAAUGAGUAGAUCAGCCUUAACAUUUAUAUUCAUAUGCAUUUCUGUCGCUGCAAGAGGAUUAAUAUUUGUGAAAUAUAGAAUAUACUAAAGAAUUGCUACGUUUUUGUACCAUGAUCGCCACGAAGAUAUAAAUCAAGAACAUUGAUUGAAAUGCAGAAUAAAUAGGAUAACCACGUAUUUUUAUAUAUAAUCGUUUUCACUGAUGGGGACUUUUUCAUUCUUUGAUGACUUUGAUGAAAACUUGAAUGACGAACCUCAAUGAAAAGGAAAUUUUUGGACUUUAUUUUGCGCGAGCGACCGAGCUGACCUAGUCCCCUGGAAAAGUGAUAUGUAAAUGUAAAUUUAGU